ACUCCUCAGUUGGAUUUCAGAACAUCGAACGGGCGGGCGUGUAGGAUGGAUCGCUAAGACACCAGUAGUUUUUUUUCAUUCCGCCUUCUAGCAGUGUUUGUUUAUUACCUUCCGGCACAUUUUCCGUAAAUCCUUCUCGACGGUGGUGCUUUUAUUUUUAUAAGUUUAGCGUGUUAAUUGUUUCAAUCUGGUCUCAAAGCGCCGCGUUCCGAUUUCACGUCGAGAAGGCAGCCGCACAAGUUUGAAAGCGGCUUUUUGAGAGUAGUACCACCUACUCAUAAUUUUGUUAUCGCUGUUAACAACGCAUCAGGCAAAAUCAAAAUGGUGAAGAAGAUUGAUAGUGAAGAGAGUGUAGAUAGUGGCGUCGGCCGUGGCAGUAGUCUGUCGGGGAGUGAGCGCGAAACAGAAGAGAUAACGCGUGGGCCCGAGUCGUCCGCGCCGGUGCCCAUCCCCGACAGCGAGGAGCUGCAGCGCCGCAAGGAAGAGGCGCGCAGGAAGCGCCGCAGGAAGAAGCGCUCCGGCAGCUCGGUGGUCACGUCAUGUUUCCAAGACCUAUACAAGCUCACGGGCGAAGUAUUGGGCGAGGGCGCGUAUGCCUCGGUGCAGACCUGCGUCAACAUCUACACCGGGCAGGAGUUUGCAGUGAAGAUCAUCGACAAGGUGCCGGGGCACGCCCGCGCCCGGGUGUUCCGCGAGGUGGAGACCUUCCACUAUUGCCAGGAUCACCCGAACAUCAUCCAGCUCAUUGAAUUUUUUGAGGAUACCGACAAGUUUUAUCUUGUCUUCGAGAAGAUCAACGGCGGUCAGCUCCUGUCGCGGAUACAGGAGCAUCACUACUUCUCAGAGCCGCAAGCGGCGGAGAUAGUUCGCGAGAUAGCCAACGCUCUGCACUUCCUGCACGGCAAGGGCGUGGCCCACCGCGACCUGAAGCCGGAGAACAUCCUGUGCGUCAACCGCGACAGUCUCUGCCCAGUCAAGAUUUGUGACUUCGAUCUGGGGAGCGGGAUCAGCUUCACUUCGAGCCUCGCGAGCCCACUGGCGACCCCGCAACUCAUGACGCCGGUGGGCAGCGCGGAGUUCAUGGCGCCCGAAGUGGUGUCGCUGUUCGCGGGCUCGGCGGCCACGCACUACGAUAAGCGCUGCGACCUGUGGUCGCUGGGCGUCAUCGCCUACAUCCUGCUGUGCGGCUACCCGCCCUUCCGCGCCGACUGUGGCGCCGACUGCGGCUGGGAGCGCGGCGACAACUGCCGCGCCUGCCAGGACCUGCUCUUCACUUCCAUCCAGGAAGGGCGCUAUUCAUUCCCGGAGGAGGAGUGGUCGCACAUCUCGUCGGAGGCGAAGGACCUGAUCGCGCAGCUGCUGGUGCGCGAGGCAUCGCACCGCAUCAGCGCCGAGCGCGUGCUGCAGCACCCGUGGCUGCGCCGCGCCGACGCGGCCGCGCACUAUCCGCCGCUGCGCACCCCGCUCAACAUCAAACGCAAUAUGUCGGCCCGAAACCUGUCCAAUUUCGCGGAGUCCGCCAUGGCGGUGAACCGGGUGAUCCAGCAGCACUUCUCCAUGAACUACUCGUACAUGGAGCGUCAGCCGGCCGCGCUGCGCUGCUCCAAGUCCUGCCACCCCAGCCCCGACGCCGUGGCUCGCGAGAGCAUCCUGGAGGACGAGCUGGAGCGCACCGGGCUCGCUCUGCAGGCCAUGGCGGUGCGCUGCGGCGACGAGUACUGCGCGCCGUUCGGCCUCUCGCCGCCCACCGAGUCCGAGCUGCUGCGCCGUCGCCACCAGCUCACGGCCGCCGACAAACCCCUCCCCGUGCAUUAGCUGCCGUUCCCGACCGGUCUCUAUUAUCGCCUCAUCUAUUUCGACCUUCUCGGUGAUCUCAUCGAUUGGCGCCACAUCGACCUGAACCUUCAUCUCUCCCCCGAUCAGUUCCCCGAGCGUCGCGCUAGUGGCCACGAUACCCAGGAGAGUUCGGACGCGACGCGAUAGCACGACCGGUGCCCUAGACACCCGCCGAUUCGAGAGCCGAUCCUGCGCGGCAGUGCUUCCCCGUCUUAUCUGUCGAUCUGGUGAUAAAUUGUUUCAACGUGUGAUAGUGAACUUCUCGUACGCGAGGCGCUGAGUCCCUCCGCGUAUCCAGUUGUGUAUAGUUAGUGAUAAGGGCUGGGGACGCAGCUGGCCCCGUCACAUUCCACCGAGCGCCACAGUACAAGGAAAUGGACCUACCUCCGUGAUAGCCUUGCGAGGCUGUCGUGUCGCCGGCGACGCGACCGCGCAGCCGCAUUGCCAGCAGAGGAGCGAUGCUCUCGUAUCUGGCUGCCCACAUACGACACCGCUCCUCUGCCGACGAUGCGGUCGCGCGACAGUCGCGUCGCGGGCGACGUCCGCACCUGUUUACGGUUGCAGCGAAACGGUUAAACAUCGGCGAGAGACUGUGCCAAUGGAUAAUAAUUCCUCCAGUGAUAGAUCCGAUCGCAAUUUUACUGUGAACGGUACUUAGAGCUGUAACAGUUUUAUUUGAGCCUUUUAAAGAUAUAUAUUUAUGGAUAAAUAAAAACGACUGAAUAGUUUUUAUCGAAUGUAGAAUGUUAUGUGAGUUAUGUUCAGACCGACGCCGGUCGAUAAAAUCGUAUUAUAUUGAGAUAGUUGUGCUGAUCUACAUACUUUGUAACGAUUACAGAAAUAUUAUAUUUUUGGAUUUAUGAAAUCCGUUAUAUUUGACAUAUAUUGAGCUUGUUUGUGUAAUAUGCCUUUUGUUCGUGGCCUAUCCUAAAUGCAAUAAAAUUUUGUUACUUUCGAUAGUUUUCGGAUACUAGUCUGUUUGUGAUCGUAUGUUUUUUUGCAUUUUUUGCACCUAUGGAAAACCACAUCUCAUUUAUAUGAAUAAGAAUGAAUCGAUCUAAGAUAAUAAGAGAGUAAGGGACAGUAUGUGACAUUUUCGCUGAGAGUUCAAGUGUAGUAUGUACGUGCGCAUUACAAACUAGGGAUAAAGUUCGCUUGGUAUCGUCUUGUGUGGAAAGGGCCCUCGUGAACCGAUUCUAUGAAAUGUCAUAUAUUUUUGACCUGAACUGUGUUGGAUAAGUGUUGCAUGGGGUUCCAUGGAGCUGCCAUAAAAUUGUGAUCAGUUUGAAUACUUUUAUAUUGCCGAAGAAUGAAAUGUUAUAAUAAUGUUAAGUGUAGAUUUGCUAGACUGUAACCCUGCGAACACAUUGAUUGGAAAAAGAUUCACUGAGGGGUCAUGAGUGUACCUUUAUAAUUGGUAUUGCCACCUUCAUCGGCCGUUUUGUUUAAUUCUCACAAAUGUUAUAUUUUUACAUCAUAUUAAUUACAAACUAUCAUACUAAUUUAUUCUAUUUAGUUGUGGUGGCUUUAUCCAAUCAAUACCUAAACUUGUCGCAGUAAUUUGUUAAAAUUUUGUUUUCGACUUAAUCAUUUUUCAAUAAUUUGAAAUACAGAUGUUUGAAUUUA